AUGGAUUUCCAGUUGAAGGCGGUACCGGAAGAAAUUAUCCUGAAGAAGGUCACAGGAAGGCGAGAGAAGGUUAAUCGAGCUAAUCUUCUCAAUGUGGACAACAAGAACUGGCAGUCAAUCGUUUGCCGACGAUGUGACUCUCUCAUACUUUUUGAGGACAAAGUAGACCUUCUGGAAGGCGGCUACAAGGCCAAGCUCCCAAUAAUGACUCCUGGUGCUAAAAAUACGACCGACACCGAGGAGAUUUCAUGGUGGUGGCACUCGAAUGAUGACUUUGAUUUCGAUACGAUUGGCUAUGCUAUGCCCAUGGUGGACGGUAAAAAGAUCCUGGUCUGUGGAGACUGUGAAUUUGGACCUAUUGGACUACGAAGUCCUGACGCAAAAGAAUUUUGGCUAGCUGUGGAAAGAGUCAGCUACGCAGACAAGCCAGCACCCAAAGGACACAAGAUACUCCCAAUAAUGACUCCUGGUGCUAAAAAUACGACCGACACCGAGGAGAUUUCAUGGUGGUGGCACUCGAAUGAUGACUUUGAUUUCGAUACGAUUGGCUAUGCUAUGCCCAUGGUGGACGGUAAAAAGAUCCUGGUCUGUGGAGACUGUGAAUUUGGACCUAUUGGACUACGAAGUCCUGACGCAAAAGAAUUUUGGCUAGCUGUGGAAAGAGUCAGCUACGCAGACAAGCCAGCACCCAAAGGACACAAGAUAGUUCCAAGAAAAGCGAAAAAGGCGUCGACCUGA